CGUUCGCACACCUUCGUCCCCCACCCGACCCCGAGGAAGAGGGUUGGGUUUCUGCAACCCGCGUUGCUUCAGGGCGGAGUCGGGCUCGCCGCCUCUUCUAGGGGGCGCCUCCGCCCGAGUUCCGGCCGCUGUGCUUCUCCCCGGGCCGGGGAGUCUCUCCAGAAAGUCUUGCCUUCCCACUUGUUGAGGAACCCAGAAGGGAACUUGCAACUGGUUUUGACCAAUGGCUCUGGUAGACAAAGGGUCACCUGGAUACACCCUUCAGAGUCAAGAGAAGUGGCAGCAUCCGAAACAGAUGAAAUCCUGGCCUUCAGAUUUGGGGCUGAAGAUGGAAAUUGUCAUACCCUUUUUGGGCAAAUGCCGUCCGUUUGUUGGGCGCUGCUGCCAGCGAUGCACUCCAAAGAGCUGGGAAUCCCUCUUCCAGAAACACCUUACUUCACUGGGAUUUUGCAGUGUGAUAAAGAUAACAGAAGAAAACACCAGGUACAGAGGUUGGCUAGUGAGGAGGCUCUGCUAUUUUCUCGCCGUGAACGACUGGACGUUUUGCGCUGAGACCACUGGUGAUCUCCAGGAAAGGAUCUUCCACAGUGAGCGAGUGCAAGAUGUUGUGUCUAAGAAGGCGCAUCAGGGCAAAGAGGAUACGCCAGCAGCUAGCCUAUCUGUGGCACAAUGGAUGAGAGAAGUCCACCAGAUCCUUCUCCAGAUACAGGCUUCUCUCUCUCCUCUUCUACUGAGGUUUUGCCAUUGGGUUCUGCUAAAACUCCUCAAUCAGAUGUUCCUCAGCGUGAUCGUACAUAAAGGGCAACUGGAGAUGGUGCGCCAGGCUGCGCAGAUGCCUGAUGUUCCAGUGGUUUUUCUGUCAAUCCGUAAAUCUCAACUGGACGGGCUUUUGCUUCAGCUUGUCCUGGGCUCCCAGGGCAUCGCCAUGCCCAGAGUGGCUUGGGAAUCCAAAGCCUUCGCGCCAACAUAUAGGGCCCUGCUGAGGCGCUUAGGAGGUGUAUUUCUGCCUGAAGGAGUGGAACAGCCGCAGGACAGCCAAGAAGGUGCCCUUUCUAGAGCUGUCGUCGCUUCAUAUGUCGAGGACCUGCUUCGGCGCCGACAGCCCUUGCUCGUUUUCCUGGAAGAGCUGUGCGCUGGGGUGCCGCAGCGCUCUGCCUCUGGCCUGGAAUGGCUGAGCUUGGUCGUCCGUGCUUUCAACGCCGGCGCCGCCCCGGAUGUCAUGAUGGUGCCGGUCGGGAUCUCGUAUGAUCUCGCUCCCAAUGUGCUUUGCAGGGGGCAAGGGAACCCCGCCAAGCCCCUUGGUCUCUGGACCUCCCUCUGGGCCCUCUGCCAAGCUGUCCGCCAAGGGUCCGGCUGCUGCGUCCGGGUUGAUUUCGCUCAGCCUGCUUCUUUGCAGGAGUAUGUAGUCACCGACUUCUACCGGAAGAGCAGCUCGGGAGGGUCCGCUGAGGAGUUCCUUUUACCCCAGAUUUGUGGCCAAUGCUCUAGCACACUGGAUCGCGAGAAAAGCCAACCCAGGUUGCCAGGAUCGCCAGGCGUCGUCGCACUAAGCUCAGAGCAACAGGCGGUGGUGGACAAUCUGAGCCUGCACUCCGUGAUAGCCGGCGUGUCCUGCUCUGCCAUCAUGGCUGCGGAGAUCAUGGCUGCCCUUCUGUUGCACAAGCACCGGGAGGGAGUCUUCCUUUCCCGGCUGAUCCAGGACUUUGCUUGGCUGACCGAAGAGCUGCUGCUGCGGAACUACGACGCGGGGUUUUCCGGCCGGGUGCGCGACGUGGUGCUGCACAGCCUCUUCCUGCUGCGGCGCUGCGUCUCCCUCUACCGCCUCUCGUUGGGGGACGUUCUGGUGGCUCCCAAGAGGACGGAGGCGGCCGUGAGGGAGCUGAGCCAGCGCAGCACGGCCCUCCUCCCGGUUUUCAUCCAGGAAGCCGUGGGAGCCUGCGCGGUGAAUGCCCUUCUGGUGGAGAUCCUGCCCUACCUGGGAAGCCCCGAGCAGCUCCAGGAUGUCAUCUUGGUCCAACAUGAGCUGUACGACAAGGUCUCCUUGUUAGCCAAGCUGCUGCCGAGAGAUCUCCUCCUCUGUCCGCCUUGCCAGUCUCUGUAUUCCUACAGCCAAGUUGCGGUGGACAAGCUGAUCCAGUGCGGUUUGUUGGUGGUUGAAGAGGCGCCCAGCGACCUCUUGCCCUGCGAUGCGGCCCCAAAGCGCUUCUCCGAGAAGCUGCUGUGGAAGGCGAUCGACGACGUUGCCGACGAUGACUUUGAGGAACAGGAAGGAAAGCAGCACUUCAAAGUCAGCCAUCUGGACAACUGCCCAGCCCUGUUUGCCUUCCUCGGCCACCUCCUGAGCCCCCUCCUGAAGACGCUGGAGAGAGCAGCUUCCUUCCUCGGCAAGCUGGGGUUCCCUCAACCAGAGUCCCAGAGCAUGGAGAGGCUCCACCAGUUCUUGGCAAGGAAGGCGGAAGAGGACGGUUCCUUUGAAUGCGCCAACCGGGCUCUGAUUGCCGUCUCACUCCGCAUCUACAAGGAGCUGGGGGUGCUGAGAGAAGCUGCAGGGCAAACCGAGCCGGUUCUCCACCUGUCGGACACCUUCGCGACCAAAGAGAACCGAGAGAAACUGGAGAGAUUCGUCAGUCAGUUUAUCUACAUCUAGACUAGCGGGAUCGCAGUCAAAACUUCCAUCCUUCUCCCUUUACUGUUUUCUUGUUAAGGGUGCAACCUUUGCAAAUCCCCGCAGUUGGGAAAUUAAAAGAGUUAGCGUUGAGUUCUGGCAGGUGAAGAUAAUUCAUUAGCAUGCCGCUGUUAGCAGUGUGUUUGCAUUAUUUAGUUUUGUACUUGCUUCUCUCGUUUACUUGCUUUUCUCCUUUCUGUCCCACUUGGGAAGCCUUUCAUGCCGAGAACGUGCAGUUUGUGCAAACUAGCAAAUAAUAAAAAAUGUUG